CUCAGAGAUACGGAUUGAUCAGACAAAACGGAUCUUUUGCCGUGCACAAAUAGAGAUAAUGGACUUAUUACAGCAGGAUUGUGUAAAAUAACAACCCAGUGAGAAACUUGAGCCGUUUAACGGACAAGGGAACUUUUCGAAUAACAGAAUGCUGUAAUUGGAACUAUGGCAAGCUUAAUUAGAAUAAAGGAAGAUAGCAGUAUUUUUAAGAGAAAGAAGUAGAAGACAGACCAAGACACAAUGGCUAGUAUAGUGUUAUCAGAUAAAGACGAAUCUCUACUGUAUUCAAAAGCACACCAACUCAAUGUCGACGUUGCCAGCGAUGUCCUCAGAAAACUGGUUGAAAAUAAACUCUCAGCAAGCUUAAUCUCGUUAGCAGCGUUUCUUGCCUCAAAAUCAACGGAGAUCAAAGCUCAUAAAAAGAGAGGAAUACUUGCUGCUAGUCAAUUCCAGUUACUGAAUGCACCAACCACAACCGUCGACAAUCUUGACGUUACUCUUCUUACAUAUAUAUUGAAAAAUUUCAUUCCUCUAAGCAUUCAAGAAGACGCUGAUAUUGAUAAAUUGAGAGUCAUAAGGAAUGAACUGGCGCACGCUCCUAAAUAUAGACUUACAUCCAAUGAUAUUUUUGACAGAACAAAAACUGUCAUUCAUUCAAUUUGCACAGCACUCACGGAAGAAAGAGCAGAAGAGAUCGAGAUUUGCAUCAAAAGAUUGCAAGGGAAUGAACUUUUAUCGAAGGUGAGCUGCGACAUGAUAUUGUCAUUACAGAACGAGGCUGCAAUGGAUAAACUCUUAAAGGCUUCGGAGAACGAAAACGUUCAAGAAACGAAAUUGAAGUUUAGAUUAUCAGCAUAUGCGUUGGAAAUAGGUCGAAACAUUGAUGUGGACGUUUUAUCAAGGAAUUUACUUGAUAAAGGACUAAUAACCGAAGAGAUUCACAGGGAGGUAACCAGUGAACACAACUUCGAAGACCAAGCAUACAUUCUUGUUAUGCACAUGAUGAACGAAGAGCACGAACGUGUUUUGCUGUUUUGCGACUGCAUCAGUGAGAUGAACAAUUGUUUAGGAACUAUCCUGUGCAAGAAUCAGCCAAAUUUAGGCAAAACCUUGAAAAAAAUGGAGAGAGAUGCAAUACGAGAUAUUCUCAAGAAGUCGCUCGAAAAGAGUCCCAUGGGCAGAGUAAAGUGUGAAGAUGUGCAUGAAUACAUAGAAAAUGCGCGCCGUUGUUUAACCCCUUUUUCAACAGUCAGAGAUUGUGUUUUGGCCGAGUUCACAGACACUGUCUUCGAGGACAGCUUCAGCAGUUUUCAGGGUUUGAAUUGGGUGAGCAGUAUCAACACAUACGAUGAAUCUGAACUUGAAAAUGACAACUUUCCGCUGACGAAUAUGAAAAGUGAAGAUUUUUCUAUGUUUGUAACAACGCAAGUCCGGAAAUUAUCAAAUGACCCAAGGAUGAAUGGAAUAGUGAACACAAUUUCAAACAUAAUUACCAAUGGCAUGAUUUCUUCGAAAGUGUUUGCAAUGAUUCCAUCAAAGACAAUGCUAGAUCAUUUCAAGACUGAACUCGAGAGUGAGGGAUAUAACUUGAGCAUUGGUAUUAAAGAAACCUUGAUUUCUAUUAAAGAGGAAGUUCUUAAAAAAAGCAACGAGAAAAUGAGCGACCAGUUAGCGUCAUUUCGCCCAUUCAAAACUGCUGUUAAACAUGGUUAUGCGGCGUCAAGUACAGUAAGAAAUGAUGCAGCUGGUCUUACUGACACUGUUCAUCAUUUUGUGUAUCCGAGAAAACGAAGGGACUUGAGUCAUGCAUUCUUCAUGAGUGAAGCAAUAAAAUUCAUUAGUGCUAGUAUUAAUGGGAGACAAAAUGGCACACUUCAUUUUGGAAUCAAAGCAAAGGAAAAUAACACGGGGACAAUUGUUGGUGUCCCUUGCUCUCUUUUUGACCACAUUUCCCUCCAAUCAACCUUUCGCACGUGCAUCAAGAGAUGCUUUGGCUCCAAAUGGAAACGCAUUUUGCGUUGCCUAAGUCCAUUACAAAUAAUUAAUGUGACCAAUGACAAGAACGUUAUAGAACUUGAUAUUGAGCCAUGUUCCUGGUACCUUGAAGAUAACUUUAUUCAAGUAAACUUUCCACCUUGGGGAAAUCAACAGCAAAAAUGCUUCUUGCAAACACCGUCUGAAUGCCGUCUUGACUCGAUAGAAACAAUUAAUCAACUUAAAGUGAAAGAAGUAGAAAUAGAUUUUACGUAUACAUUUGAACAAAGGCGAAUGCUUGACGGAUCUGAAAUGCAUUUAAAAACGGCAGUAAGAACUCGUUUAUCAGAUCUGGCGAAACGAAUGACUUCAGGCAAUAAAUAUGUCACCCCGCAUUUCUUUCCUCACAUCAUUUGUGGAAAUUACUCCGAUUCCAAUGACUCAGAACAAUUACUCUCAGAAUUGUCUUCAAUGGAAUCUGUGUUUCUGUCUGCAAGCGCUGUAUUUAAUUUUGACCAUUCAACAAACCUUCGAAACAACAUUGAACACGGGAAAUUGGUUUUUGAUAUCUACAACACUCAGGAUAAAAAUACAUUCUGCGUUGAUGGAUCAAAGAUAGCGUGGCUUGAUUGCCACGGUGGUUCCGACAAAUGGUUCAAGUCACAUUACGUGGGUUUCAACAAUGCAGUUGAACAUUUUGUUAUGUCAUACGGUGAACGCAUUUUGUUUAUAUUCUUGAUAUUUCAAAAGCUAGAAAGAUGUGACCCACUUUAUAGAAUUGCCUUUGACUUCUGCUGCAAAUACAAAGACAGAACCAGUAUUAUUUCAGACAAGCAAGAAAAUGUAAAAUUGCUCCAGCAUGAAGUCCGUGAGCUUUUAAAUGAAGACAUCGAGUUAAAUUUCUACACCGGGUUUUCUUGGUGUCAGUUAGCAAAAGCCUUCAGUGCAAUAUUUGUACGAAACCCCAAAACUCAUUAUAGAUUACCCACAGGGGAUGGAACAGUGACUUUAAUGACAGUUUUGGAGAAAGAAAAGGAAAACAUAUCAGACAUUGAAUUGAUAAGCGGGGACGAAUGCGUGGCCCAGUUCGGUGAGAUGAGUCAUAAUGAACAAAAGAGCAAAAAGAAGGAAGCCGAAGAGAGUUAUUAUAAAGGAAACGAAGUUUCAUGGUGGAAUUUCUUCUUUAAGGGUCAGGUUUGCAAAAGGGAUCUACUUAAAUACUUUGUUAGUCAUAUUGAAGACGUGAUCAAAAGUGGAGCCGAUAAAAACCGGUAUGAAAUCAUAGAUAUUUUCCAUCAGCACGGGGCUGGAGGAACAACCCUCGGUAAACAACUCAUUUGGCACUUUAGUCAGUUUACAAAUGAUCCUUCGAAGGCACUUAAAGCUUGUAUUGUCACAAGAGUAGUUGAGAAAAAGACAGCAAAAGAAAUAGCUCGAUUCAGGCAUUUCGGCGAGAACGACGACAAUCUCAUCAAACCGGUACUGAUUCUAGCCGAUAACAAAACGGAUGAAGACAUCAAAGUGCUUAAAGACAAUCUUGAUUUUAUGUCAUAUAAAAGAGGGUCUAAGUCGGGAAAACUCUUCUGUAUACUUAUCGUGGUGUCAAGAAUAACUAUGGCGAAGUCUUAUGAAAAUAAACGUAAUGUAUUAAGACAUUCCCUUAGUGCGAUAGAAAUAUCACGAUUUGAAGAUCGCGCAAAAGACGUAGAAGACUUGCAGUCACUCAUUGCAUUCAAUGUUAUGAAGGAAAACUUCAACGAGGAACAUAUUCGAAGUACAGUGCAUAACAUAAUGGAAGGGUUGAAAGAAAAAGAGGAGGUGCCUCUGCAACAUAUCUCGUUGGUCUGCAAGUUUGAUGUUAGUACUGCAAUUCCUACAAGUGUUUUUGAUGAGAUGAUGGGAUGUGUCGCUUCAUCGAGUUCGCGUUACAAUAUUGAUGAACUGCUUCUGAGAGGAAAACCAGUCGGCUUAGUUGACCUACGGCACAGAAAAGCUCUUGGCUAUCGACAAACUUGGAAUGUUAGAACAACAGAGUCACUUGAACUUCUGCUUAAGUACAGAGAAACGAAGGGGAUUAGUGGGGUGACAAUAAUAUCACCUGUUAUCGUAGAUGAAAUUCUCAAAGCUCUGAUGAAGAAGCAUUCAAAGACGCUUGAGGUAGUUGUUCAAGAUUUACUAGACUUUUUGAAAGCAAAGCUUACAAAUACAUCUGAGAAGGAGAAAGCAGUGUCUGAUUUCAGAGAUACCAUAUCCGGUCUGUUUGUUACUCGACCAACAACUAGGACUGGGGACACAAAAGAAAGACGAGACUUUUCAAAUCUCAUCCAUUCAUUAAUAGAUACCAGACCAGAAGAAACAAAGCAAGAUGCUUACAAAAGGGCAUACCAGUUGAUGAAAUACUGCUUCGAAAUUUCAAACAACCCCUACGUAGGGCAACAUCUGGCGAGGCUAUGCAUCUCCUUCAGAUGCUAUUCACAGGCUGAAGAAGCCAUUGAACGUGCUAUUGCAGUGAAUAGUGGCGUGCCAUAUAAAUCCAUAUUGUUUGAUACCUACGGCCAAAUCUACAAAUCGCAGAUGGAACAGGUACUAAAGAAAACUGCAGAGAUUGAUUAUUCUGGUGAGAUUCAGGAUAUUCUAAAAUUGGCAUUGACAGCACUUCGACAUUUUCGAAGAGCUCAGGAACUCGACGUAAUAAAUGACAUGACCUCUUACUUCAUGGAAUUGUACACAGCGUUUUCAUUCUUAGAAAAUAUUAUGGAUGUGGACAAAAUAGUCGGUGAUAAGCAAAUGUUUUACAAAUUCAUGAAUGGAUAUGAGACCGAUGUGUUUGAUCACUUAGGAGAAGACAUUGAUACGUUUCGUAGGGAAGGUGAGCAACACAACCACUUGACCAACACAUUGAUCCGGAUAGAGUAUGAGUUGUUCAUGAAAAAACGACCGUUUAAAGAUUCCUUAAGUAAAAAGGAGUAUGAGAAGAAAGCAGUGGACUUACGUAAAACGUAUGAAUACAUCUACGGAGAAGAGGAUCAGAAAUUCAUGGUGGCUGAAACUUUUAAAUCGAUGCAACAUGCGUACAGAAGAUUUCCGAACAAUUUGAAAAGAGUGAUAAGGAAGAUAUCAUCUGCCAAAGCUAUUGCCCGUGAAAAAGAUUUGAUGAAAUUUUUGGCAUACAACAUCAUUGAUAUUUCGCAACGGAGAGGGAUGCAUGACCUUGAUGAGAGUGUUGACAUAUAUGGAUACAUGUUAAUUUUAAGCGACAAACUUUUGCAACUACAACGAAAGAAAAAUCGAAACAGUGGGAAUGUUUAUAUUGAACCAUAUAUGUACUUUGCUUUACUUCACUGGCCAUUGCCAAACCGAAGAGAAAAAUACUUCUCAAAGAUCAGUCGAUUAGGUAACCUGUCUGAAAUAAUAGACGAAUGGCAGAAUAUAUACGAUGAGAGGUUCGUAUCCAAACGAAUUGAAUCAGCGCGUACUAAAGCAGCGACAUAUUUUGCGUUGGCAAAAGGCAACCCCGGAUAUGAUUUCGUUGAUCAGGACAUGAUAAGAGAUUCAUGGAGAAAAGAAAGAGAAAAGGAAGGUAAAUCAAGAGUGGAAGUAAUGGACGAUGACAUUUGGAACCAUACAAUCGGAAACGAGACGUAUGUUCGAUUAGAAGGUGUUGUCGACAGAACUGGAAAUCACAUCAACCAUCAGGUUUCCUGUGAUGAUUCAAAAACGUUGCGACGUCGAUAUUCAUUUGUGAUUGCAACUUAUGAAAACUGCGACCAUUUGAGAUAUAGGAACGUGACGUUUGUGCUGGGGUUCACUUGGCGAGGACCUGCUGCGUUUGGUGUAAACCUAAACGAAAGCGACGAAGGAGAUGAAUCGAGCAAAAGUCUUCGACAUGUACGAGCAAUGGAAGUUAAACAGACUAAGAGAUCAACACCAGAGGAAGAUCAAACUGAAAAACGGCGACCUGAACAAACCAAGGAAGAUUAACUGUUACGAAGGGCCAAUGAUAUAGAAGUUUGCAAAGGAAAUGGUUAAACACGUCAAACGUUCAGAUGAGAGGCAAGAGGCUGGUAGAAUAACGCAAAAACAAAAGACAAAACAUCAAAUGUACAAAAAAAUCCAUGAAAAAUUAUAUGAUACAGGUGUUUUGGUGAAUUCAACAGUUUAUAGAACGCGAUGGAGCACCAUGAUGUAGGAGAGGUCAAAUUUCUAAUGCAGUGAUCUCCCUUGACAAGCAGACAAGAUCGUAGCCACGAUGUAUGAAACAUGGCUGAAACUCAGCUAUCAAAAAGUUUUACGUUUUCUAAGAUUUUGCUCUGUUUAAUCUUAGAAAUGAUCAGCAUCUAAAAGUUGAAAUAUAUUGGAUGCAUAAUAAUAAUAAUGUAAGAUAUUUGAUGCGUUAACGUGAUUUUGAUCAUGCGUACGGAUAGUUUUACAUAUAUCUUUACGAUAAUCGCUUCAUACGUUUUGUUGUGCUGCCAUUUUAGAUUGACCUCAUUUUUGCAUUAUGCUGUUUCUGUUGUUGCUGCUAUUAUUAUUGACAAGCUGAAACAAAUCUAUUUAAAAUACAAUUUUGCAUUUCAUGCUGUAAAUUUAACAUAAUUGUCAUUAUUUUUUUCAUUUUUAUCACAAAUGUUGUUGAAAAGUAUUGUUUGAACAUUUAACUAUUUGCUUUUAAUUUGGAUCACCCAUUUCGUUUAGACCACUUGCAGUUUGAUUGUUUUCUUUAUUUCAUUGUAAUAACUCUUAUACAAAAGGAUUCUUAAGUUUUCCUCUUAUAUUUUUCAACUUUGUACAUAUUUCAUUGGGUGUUUAACUGAUCGUUCAAAGGCGGUAAUCGGUCAAGCUAUAUUGAUGUGUUUUUUUUUCAUUUUUAUCACAAAUGUUGUUGAAAAGUAUUGUUUGAACAUUUAACUACUUGCUUUUAAUUUGGAUCACCCAUUUCGUUUAGACCACUUGCAAUUUGAUUGUUUUCUUUAUUUCAUUGUAAUAACUCUUAUACAAAAGGAUUCUUAAGUUUUCCUCUUAUAUUUUUCAACUUUGUACAUAUUUCAUUGGGUGUUUAACUGAUCGUUCAAAGGCGGUAAUCGGUCAAGCUAUAUUGAUGUGUUUAUUGUCUGUUUGUGGUGUAUGUAUUUGUGUAUGAUUUUACAUGUCUGUGUUUCUAGAGAGUUCAUUGUCGUUUGGGCUCUUAAACUGUGAAUUUAUACAGGUUUAUUUUUUAAUUUUUGACUACUGAGUUACCACAGGGGACAGAAACAAAUUAUUUUCUUAUAUGUACAUAUAGGCUUAAAUAAACAAAAAUAAUUUGUUUCUGGCCCCUGUGGAGUUACCCGUGGUGUUCAUUAUAAUGCUAUAUUCUGUACAAAACGUUCGAUACUUUAUACAAAACAUUCGAUAUUUUAUACAAAACAUUCGAUAUGAUAUUCAGCAGAUCAUUCUGACAAAGGUUUUUUGAAGUAUUUGGAAUACAAAAGUUUCUAAGUUUAUAAAUACAAAUUUACAUCAAUUCAAAAUACAGCAUGAUAUCAUAGACACUCUUAAAAAUGACACUCUUAUUCAAAACCAUUACAUACACAUGUAUAACAAACAUCAAUUUGGACUGAUAACCUCUAACCAAUAAAUAAAGAAUGCAUUUAUGAAAAAUAUUAAUUACUAAUAACAAGAUUGUAACCGUGUACCCAAUAGCAGAAAGCGCAAAAAUAUUAAAUGAUUGGUGAAUGCUAAAAGAUUUAUUGUGGUCUACUUUUGUCUCAUAAAGUAGAAAUAGCGUGUUUUAUGCUCAUUUCUUUCAAUCGAGCUUGGUAUCCUUCAUAAGAACCAUUGUUUUCGACAUUAAUCCUUUUGGAAUAUUAAAACAAUAGUAUCAAUUGUGGUAAAUCUUAUUUGGGAGUAAUGGUGUAUCUUUAACUUCAUAACUCAUCUUAACACGUACCCUUUUUGACUACCCAUGUACUAUGGUUUUCUUCCCUUUCGAUGAUUGGUUUUAUUGACCAAUAUACAAUCAUCCAAACAUUCUUAUAGUAUUUUAACAUAUUUUGAUUUUAUAUUUCCUAUCAUAUGUAUCCAGACCGAUGAUUGGUUUAUACAUAAACAUUGUACAGUUUAUAUAAUGUAUAUGCUGUGCAUUUCAAAUUGCAAAACAUGAUGUUGAUAUGACUCAUGUAUAGAACCUAUAGUAUGGUAUCUUUAAAUUUGUUAUUACUAUAAUGAUAGUUAUAUCAUUUACAGUUGCAUUAAAUAUAUAGUACUUAUGUAUGUUAAAUGACAA